GAAAACUCUUAGAAACGUAGAAGAAGAGCGCGGAGGCCUGCAUGAAAUUUAACAGGUUGUGAACGCCUCUGUGUUUACGACGUUCCUCAAAAUGCAGCACAGUAGCAAUAGGAUUGAGUAGAGUACAAUGUUGUGUUACUCUGACACUGUCAUACUACCUGGCAAGAGUUAACAGACAUGCCGUGGUGCCUAAACACCAAGCGGAAAUAUCAUUUUUAGCCAUACAACACAGGCUUCAUAACGCAGUGAAACCGCAUUUGUAUUUUUUUUUUAUCUAUAUAAGAGCAGUUUCUCCUUAUAAAUACGGGCUCAAAACGACCUGUCUGAAUCUAGACCAUGGUAGACAAUCGAUAUGCCACAGCUCUGGUCAUCGGCUCGGUGCUGAGCCUGCUGGCCACAGUGUACCUCUCUGUGGCUGUGGGAACUCAGCACUGGUACCAGUACAGCUGUACACCAGGGAAGGGGAGCAAUGCCUCCGAGCUCAAAGAGGAGUUCAUCAAUGGAGAGUUUGAUGAGAAGACUUACAGCGACACCAUGUUCCGCCUGAACGGCACCCUGGGACUGUGGUGGAGGUGCAUCCAGGUGCCAGGCCAGUCGCACUGGUUCAAAGAGCCAGAUCCAAAGAUGGAGACGCAGUGUGUGAGCUUCACUCUUCCUCAGCAGUUUAUUCCAAAAUACAGGUCACCUGGAAACCACAACAGUGAAGAAGAUCUGUUGAGAACAUACUUGUGGAGGUGCCAGUUUCUCUUGCCGUUGGUGUCUCUGGCUUUAGUCUUCCUCAGCGGCCUUGUUGGGGUCUGCGCCUGCCUGUGCCGCAGCUUCACCCCCACUUUGGUUGUGGGAGUGCUCCAUGUACUUGCAGGUCUGUGUUCUCUGGGCACCGUCUGCUGUUUCCUGGCUGGGUUGGAUUUGCUCCACAAGUAUUCCCCACCGCCAGAUGGGGUGGAGGGCUCGCUGGGCUGGUCCCUCUACCUUGCCCUCAUCUCCUUCCCUCUGCAGAUGAUGGCAGCUGCUUUGUUCCUGUGGGCGGCCAGGAGUCACCACAAAAACUACACCCGCAUGACAGCUUACAGAGUAGCCUAAAGAGAGAUUACUACAACAACGUACCUUAAAACGGCCUCCUUGUCUGAAGGCUUUCUAAAAAAAACAAAAAAAAACAAAAACAAAAGAAGGUCCGGUGGCUAGGAUUUAGUGGUGAGAUUUUAGAUUGAUCAAUCAGCUGAAUACGCUUCCCUUCACACCUCCCCUUCUAAGCCUGUAGGAGAACCUAUGGUGCCUUCAGGUUAAAAACGUGAAAGGCCAUUCUGGGCUACUGUAGAAACAUGGCGUACUCCGCCAAAGAGAUCCCUCUCCAUCUGUAGAUACGAAGGGCUCAUUCUAAUGUACCAAAAACAUGAUUGAGGUCAUUAUACACGCAUGGAAAAAAUUAUGAAUAAUAUAUUGAUUUUCUGCCAGUAGAGCCCCCUAAAUCCUGCACACUGGUCCUUUAAGAAAGGAUGCAAAUUGAAUGAAGUGACUGUAUCGGUUGUAACAUCUCACUUCCUCUGUAACAGUCUUUAAAUAGAAAAAAAUACAAUAACAACAGACCUGAAGGCAGGAAUAAACUUAACCAGUUUGCAGCUAAUCAUCAUAAGUGCUCAUAAAUAGGGGUUUUAAGUUGUUAUUUCACCUUUUGUUUUUUAGCAUCUCUAGCCUGUAUCUCACCCAAAGCAUGUAUUUGAACACCCAGAUACUAUGGAUGAUUUGUUAUUUCUGGUGUUAACUGUGUUUGUGUGCUGUACUUAAAUUGCCUUCUUUUUGGUUGCCAUCACUUCUAAAGCUGCUCACCACUUUGCACUUAAAUCAGUAAUAUAUUCCCUCAUUUCUGUCCUGCAGUUAUCUAAGCCUUGUUAGCUAGCUAUUAGUGCAUGAAGAAUACAACACAAGCGUAUUUUUUUUUUGGUUUUCUUUCUGUGUAUGCCUUUUUAAGCUUACAUUUCCAUCAUCUGUGGUAAUUGUUGAUUUCAGUCUGUGGUAUGUGUUGACUAAAUGUCACAAACUGUCCCUCACUAAAAAUGUAACCACUCAUCUCCUAUUGUCACCCCUGUUUAUAGGUAUAAUAUUUAUUAAUGCAGUUCAUUUGAAUGUUAAAAACUGUAUUGAUUUGAUGCCACUCUACCUGUGACCCAAAUUAUGCUACAGCCAUUUUACAUUUGUUAUGUCAAGUUUCACACAACUCAAAAUGUUUUUCUAAUCCUGGUUGCAGUCAAUUACCUGUUCUUUUACAGCUCAGUUUCAUUAGUUACUGAACUGACUGGUCUGACGGCCAAAUAGGUUUUGUAUCAAUUAAAACCUUUUGAAAUGUUUGUGGCGAUACGUUGGACUCAAAGAGACUGGUAUUACUGUAUAAUAACAAUUCAGUUUGUAAAGUCUUCACUUGCAAGUGAAAAUUCUCAUGGAUCUAAAUCUUUACACUUAAAUUUGUGUGGAAAUUGAAUGAAUUUUGUUACCUUUUGUGUCAAAUUUCAAAAUUAUUAAUUUCUUACCAGCAGAAUACAGAUUGUGAUGUUUUUUGUGUCACAAUAUUUUGUUACACGUCUGUGUAUACUCUCUGGCUUUUGGAAAUGUUUAUGUAUUCUGAUGCACACUGUACCUGUUACUGUAUUAAUACACCUGACAUUUGCCUA